GGAUAUGGAAUGGACGAUUUUGAUGCAAAAGAAGAUAAAAAAUUGAACACGACAAACUACCAUUGUUCAAUUCCUUGCAUUGGAGGCUCAACCAAACUCUUCCUUUUCUUCUUUGUUCAUUUAAAUAAAAAGAAGUUUAAAAAAAAAAAUCAGCCAGAUUCGCAAGACCAUGCUCUCGCGGUUGCCAUGGCAUUCUCCUCCCUUUAUCUCUGCUUCUACAAGCACAAGGGAGGUGCUUGGAAGUGUUUUGACAGAUAUACUUCAAUCAAGUGGCAAUUUUCAACAAUCAGUUAGCCAAGGAAGAAGGGUCAUAUCCUUUCAUGGCUCUGUAAAAUUUGUACAGACAUCAUGCCGGAUAUCUGUCCCUCGGGUUUCAGUAGGAAGAGAGACACAAGUGCCUUCAAAAUUUUUGAAAGACAGGAAGAUGGUUCCCAAUGCAGAUCCUCCUAGUAUUGAAGACGUCAGUCGCUUGUAUCAACUCUUUGAUCAAAGCACCAAGCUUGUGGUAUUGACUGGAGCUGGAAUCAGCACCGAAUGUGGGAUUCCUGAUUAUAGAAGUCCAAAUGGAGCUUAUAGUUCUGGUUUCAAGCCAAUUACCCAUCAGGAGUUUGUACGUUCAAGUCAUGCCCGCAGGCGGUAUUGGGCAAGGAGCUAUGCUGGAUGGAGGCGGUUUACUGCAGCAAAACCUGGUGCUGCUCAUGUUGCUUUGGCAUCCCUAGAGAAAGCUGGCCGAAUAAAUUUUAUGAUAACACAGAAUGUUGACAGGCUGCAUCAUCGUGCUGGGAGCAACCCACUUGAAUUGCAUGGAACUGUUUAUAGUGUGAUUUGUUUAGAUUGUGGUUUUUCCUUUUGUCGAAAUUUAUUUCAAGAUGAAGUGAAGGCCCUUAAUCCAAAGUGGGCAGCAGCAGUUGAAAGCUUGGACCAUGGCAGCCCUGGAUCAGAUAAGAGCUUUGGCAUGAAGCAAAGGCCUGAUGGAGACAUUGAGAUUGAUGAGAAAUUCUGGGAGGAGGAUUUCCACAUUCCAACUUGCCAGAGAUGCAAGGGGACCCUGAAACCUGAUGUUGUAUUCUUUGGAGACAAUGUGCCCAAGGAAAAAGCUGAUAAGGCCAUGGAAGUUGCAAGAGAAUGUGAUGGUUUCCUUGUACUAGGAUCAUCUUUGAUGACCAUGUCUGCUUACCGGCUUGUCAGGGCUGCUCACAAGGCAGGUGCUACCACUGCAAUCGUGAAUAUCGGUACGACACGUGCUGAUGAUAUUGUAUCCUUGAAACUGAAUGCACGACUGGGCGAGCCUCUUUUUGACCCUUGCAUGAGGUGCAAUGCCACAGAUUUUGCCAAGGGUGCUCAACACUGGCUCCCUCAUUAUCCCUGCCCUUGAGUAAAAUGAUUAGGGAAGGAUGGAGGCACACUUUUAAGCUUCUGAAACUCUAAGAUGGAAGGGUUGAAAAAUUAGGGUGGCAAAUAAGUGGAAUAGCAUGCUUCUUCAAUGCUAGUGCUACAUAGAAAUGUGUCAAAUUAUGCAUACAGCAAUGUUAGUGUUAGAAGAGGUAUCGUCAAGCAACGAAGAAUAUAACUCUUGCUGGCUCCAUUAUUGCCAGUGUUCAUUGGGGGAACCCUUUAUGUAUAUGUAUGUUAGUGACUUAGUGCAUACAUAAUAUUUUCUGCAUAACGCAUCAUUGACUUCAUUUGGUUAGCACUUCCACAAGCAAAAAGACAUUUAAUUAUUUGUUUAUUUUAAAUUAUUAUUAUGAUAUUUGUUUAAUAUUUGCUCACACUCAUUAGUUUUUUUUUUUUUAAAAAGCAUGAAUGAUUUAUGGA